AUGGAUUUCGGGUCCUUGGAGACUGUUGUGGCCAACUCUGCCUUCAUCGCUGCCCGUGGCAGCUUUGACGGAAGCAGCACCCCCUCUUCCCGGGACAAGAAGUAUCUAGCCAAGCUCCGGUUGCCCCCACUGUCCAAGUGCGAGAGUCUCCGUGACAGCCUCAGCCUGGAGUUUAACAGCCUGUGUUCAGAGCAACCCAUUGGCAAGAGACUGUUCCAACAGUUCCUGAAGACAGAUGAGAGACACGUGCCAGCACUGGAGCUCUGGAAGGACAUUGAGGACUACGACACAGCCGAUGAUGACCUGCGGCCUCAGAAGGCACAGGCCAUCCUGGCUGAGUACUUGGACCCACAGGCCACACACUUCUGCAGUUUUCUGGACCAGGGCAUGGUGGCAAAGCUGAGGGAAGGGCCCGCCGGGAGCCAGGAUGGCCUCUUCCAGCCUCUGCUGCAGGCCACCCUGGAUCACCUGAGCCAGGCCCCCUUUCAGGAGUACCUCGAAAGCCUGUACUUCCUGCGGUUCCUCCAGUGGAAAUGGCUGGAAGCUCAGCCCAUAGGUGAAGACUGGUUCUUGGACUUCAGGGUUCUGGGGAAAGGGGGCUUUGGGGAGGUGUCUGCCUGCCAAAUGAAGGCGACCGGCAAGAUGUACGCCUGCAAGAAGCUCAACAAGAAGCGGCUAAAGAAAAGGAAGGGCUACCAGGGUGCCAUAGUUGAGAAGAGGAUCCUGACCAAAGUGCACAGUAGGUUCAUUGUGUCUCUGGCCUACGCGUUCGAGACCAAGACUGACCUCUGUCUGGUGAUGACCAUCAUGAAUGGAGGUGACAUAAGGUACCACAUCUACAAUGUGGAUGAGGAGAACCCAGGCUUCCCAGAGCCACGCGCCAUCUACUACACAGCACAGAUCAUCAGUGGCCUGGAGCACCUGCAUCAGAGACGCAUCGUCUACCGCGACCUCAAACCAGAGAACGUGCUGCUGGACAAUGAUGGCAAUAUCCGAAUUUCUGACCUUGGGUUGGCCGUGGAGCUGAUGGAAGGGCAGGAUAAGACCAAGGGCUAUGCAGGGACCCCAGGUUUCAUGGCCCCCGAGCUCCUCCGAGGGGAAGAAUAUGACUUCUCUGUGGACUACUUUGCCCUGGGGGUCACAUUGUACGAGAUGAUUGCAGCCAGAGGACCCUUCCGAGCCCGAGGAGAGAAGGUGGAGAACAAGGAACUCAAGCAGCGCAUCAUCUCAGAGCCCGUGAAGUACCCAGACAAGUUCAGCCAGGCCAGCAAAGACUUCUGCGAGGCACUGCUGGAGAAGGACCCAGAGAAGCGCCUGGGCUUCCGGGCUGGGACCUGUGAUGCACUGAGGACAAACAUCCUCUUCAAAGACAUCAGCUGGAGGCAGCUUGAAGCCGGGAUGCUGAUCCCUCCAUUCAUCCCAGACUCUAGGACUGUCUAUGCCAAGAACAUUCAGGACGUGGGUGCCUUUUCCACCGUCAAGGGUGUGGUUUUUGAUAAAACCGACACAGAGUUCUUCCAAGAAUUUGCCUCUGGCAACUGCUCCAUUCCCUGGCAGGAGGAGAUGAUCGAGACUGGUAUUUUUGGGGACCUGAAUGUGUGGCGCCCAGAUGGUCAAAUGCCCGAUGACAUGAAGGGAAUCAACGUGGAGGAGGCAGCCCCUACAGCCAAGUCGGGAAUGUGUCUCAUCUCUUAGCCAAGUGUCUGAGGAGAGCAUGGAGCUGCCUGUGUGCAGAGAGGAAAGUGUACUGAGCUCAUGGGAAAAAUGCAACCCUGGUGUCAGCCCGUGCUCACUCCACCCACGACACCAUGCAACUGUGUCUCCUUGUGGAGCAAGUGAGACUUUCUGUCUAUACCCUACAGACAUGGCAGACCAACUCUUUUGUCCUAUUUCAUCCAGAAGAUACAAAAAGGCCACCACAGAUUGAACAGCAAGGUACAACUUCUCAAAGAACCUCUGCGUAGGAUGUGUGGCCAGGAGCGUGGAUACUGAGAACCCCACGUUCAGCAUGGAUGUCCUAGUACAUUUCAGGGCAGGCCUGUACUCUGGGGGUCCAUGCUGAACCUCUCCUUGCCUGGUUCCUGCCUCCUCAGCUGCCUUUACUGGGUCACCACCUGCUCCACAAACCCCAGUUUGGAGCUAGUGAAUCUUCAGGGAGUAGAAAGGCUAAAAGGACCUGGUCUUAGCUGAGAGUCAUUGCUUCCUCUCAAGAACAGAGACAGCUACCUCAGAUAGCUAUGGUCUCUGUUCUCAGUCAACACCUCAUAUGGUAUAUACUCAAAUCGUCAUAGUCAUGUCACAUGUGAUAGGGAGCCCAAGUCUUUACAUGUUAAUGUCAUGUAUGAUGUAUGGCUGAGUCUUCACACCGUCAUUACACCUGUAGUGGGUGUUGUGUUCCUGGGCCAUCUUUGUUCUGCCACCCCCUUCUUGUUUAUGAGGGAAGGUGACCUACAUGUACCUGGUCAUUUUGGAAGAUUGCUGGAUGAAGCCAGCACUGGAUGACAACCCUGGACCAGCAUCCCCCAAGUUGCGUGAGGGUACAAGCAACUGUCGAGAGCAUGUCACCAAUAAACCCCAGGCCAGCUGCACUGUGCAGGAUUCCAGAUGUUGCUAUAGAUUCGCCUUGCACACAUGAUAUCCGGGGGACUAAUGCUGGAUGCUGAAGAAGUCUGUGCCAGGAUUCUGCUCUUCUCGGAGAACCUGACACUGGAAUUGUGGGAUGCUCUGGAAGGGUCUUGGGGUUGUCCGUGCCCAUACCUUCUGGACCAUGGCCUGGAGCCUUCUGCGGCUGAUUAGUGCUGAGUGAUGUAUAUAAAGGCAAACCCUCCACCAUCCCACCUCCCUCCAUCCUGUAGAGCAUCUCACAAGUAUCAAGGGCUGCGUGCGUAUUUUAUUUGAUUAUGUUUGGGAGCUCAUUUAACAGCUCCUGGCUGAAGACCCUGGCACUUUGGCUGUCUCAUCCUCAUCUUCACUGGGGUGGAGGCGUGGAAAAGGGUGGGUUUCCGCAGCCACAGCAGGUUCUGGGGAGGCCUAGUCCUUGGUACACUAUCAUCCCUGUUUGGCCUGCCUAGAGCUCAUGGAUCUGACGGUAGAAUCUGUGUGACUUCACAAGCUCCGUCCUGGGUCCUCCCUCACCCUGGGCUACAGACAGAAGAGCAAGACAUCCAGUCCAGUUUAAAUUUCAGACAAAUAGUGAACACUUUCCCAGGGUAAGUAUGUCCCAGCAGUAUUUGGGACAUACUUCCACUCAAACUUCAUAGUUUGUCUGGAAUUCAUAUUUAAUUGGAUGCUCUGUAGGUCUUUUUUAAAACUCUAAAUCUACCCAGCCUAUCGCAGACCCAUCAAGCAGGGAUGAAAUUGGGAGCAAUGCUGCUUGGCUUUUCCGUGUCUCUUGGUCAGGGGAGGGCUCUCCUCACUCGGGCCUGCUCGCAUACGUAAGCUUGAGUGUCAUGUCACUCAAAGAGACACAUCCCAAGGCUGUUAGAGAGCACAGACACCCAGCAGCCAUGUUCUUGGCUGUACACACAGGGCACUGCUAGCUUCACCAGGGGGAGGUACUGAGUGGAGAAAGAUGAACUGCUUGCUCUGUGUUCUCUGGGUAGAGAUUUUAGCCAACUCCUCUUCCUAGAGAUUUCUUUGACGGGUUUAAGGGACUUCCACCGUAGAUGUUCUCUUAGGGACAGUAACUUUCAGCCUAGAAAGCUCCCCCAUUGCCGUGGUCCCUCCUUACCCCUAGAGUUUAUAAAUGCCUAGGUCCUAGAGCUCAGGUCUUGCCUGGACACUGAUCCCAGGGAGCUACAGGUCACCCACUGUGGUUCUGACAGUUGCCAGGCCCCCUUGGCUCUAACCUUCCAGAAGACAGCAGAUCAUUACUAGUUGUAGGAUGUCUUGGAUGCUGAUAUGCAGGCCUGUGGUAGGGAAAGGACUUUUCCAUACCCAUGAUGAGGAGACAUCCCUAGGACUGGAAGCCCUGUGAGAUAUAGAUUGUCUUGUAUUCAGGUCACCAACAUGUUGAGAACUGUUUCACUUUUGGCCACUCGGAGAUAUACCACUGUGGUGACAUUCAUUCUGCAAUGAACUCUAAUAAUUCUUCACUCUCAGGAGGUUAGAGGUAGAGGAGGCAUCUGAGACUAGACAGAGAGGACUCUGGGAGUUGGAGGUCAUCUGGAGGACAGGAUCCCACUAUGAGCAGUAGGGACAUGUCAGCUUUUACAGUGUUGUAUUCAAACUGAGUUUGAAUUUUAUUCCUUUUUAUGGACAUUAUUGAUAAUUAUAGGAAUAGUUAUCAAGGAUUGUGACAUUCUAUAGUAGGCCCUGAAACUCUUCCCAAACCCAAAGUCAUCACAAGAGGUCUGGGAGGCUCAGUGCCCAAGUCUCUGGCUACGGUUUGAUGAAGGUUUAGUGUGUGCCCAAAGCUCUGUGUUUUGGAAGUUGUACCUCUUGUGAGAUAAUCUAGGUAGUAUGGGACAUUUAAGAGAUGGAGCAUAAGAGCUGGUCUUUGGGGCAGUGUUUUGGAAAGGCUUGGCUAAUUCUGUGGAUUUCUGUCUGGGCUGUAAGAGCGUGGGUUCCACUGCAGAUGUGAGUCUGACCUCUGAGCCCCAUGGCUUCCUGUCUGUCUACAUUUUCUUUCACAGCUGUAUGUGCUCUCAGUGAGUCCAUUGUGCCAUCACCAGAGGUCAAACAAACGGGAUCACUCAUCUUGGCUUUCCAGCUUCCAAACUGGGUUAAAUAAACCUCCUCACAAAUUACCCUCUCUGUGGUAUUUUGCUAACAGUGAAUAAACUGUUAACUUUAGAGUUUUACAUCGAUACAAAGCAGACUUCUGGA